AUGUGCGUGGACUUCAUCGAUCUGAACAAAGUCUGGCUGAAGGAUUCAUUCCCACUGCCGCAUAUUGACCAGCUCAUCGAUGCCACGGCAGGACAAGAGUUAUUGAGCUUCCUGGACACAUACUCAGGCUACCACCAGAUACUUAUGGAUGAGGACGAUCAGGAGAAAACCACGUUCAUCACUCACAGGGGGACGUACAACUAUAGGGUCAUGCCAUUCGGGUUAAAGAACGUAGGGGCCACAUACCAAAGACUGGUCAAACAAAUGUUCAAAAAACAACUCGACAAUACUGUGGAAGUAUACAUCGAUGAUAUGUUAGUCAAGUCCUUGAGGGAUGAGGAUCACAUCGACCAUAUGAAGGAAGCAUUAGAAAUAUUAAGGAAGUAUGGGAUGAAAUUGAACCCCGAGAAAUGCGCGUUUAGAGUAACUUCAGGCAAAUGUUUGGGUUUCCAGGUGUCACAGCGCAGAAUCAGGGUCAACCAAGAUGCAAUUAAGGCCAUCAACGAGAUAUCAGAACACUUAACUACCAAAAACAAGUCCAACGACUGA